CAUGUCCCGCCCACUGACCGGUCUGCAGACUCACACAAAUACAGUUGUGUGCUUCAUAAAAAUGCACUCAGAUGCGUCAAGUAAGUACAAUAAUUUCCAGCUGAACUCUCAUUUGUCCACACUGGCCAGUAUCCACAAGAUCUACCACACCCUGCACAGGCUGAACCUGACUGAAGACGUUGGCCCAGAGACUCACGGUACAGCCUGCUGCUCCAGAGCCAUGCCCCCCAGGAAAAAGAGGAGACCCACUGCUGGAGAUGACCUGUCUGCUAAGAAGAGCCGGCAGGAUAAUGUUUACAGAAAACAGGAGACAUUGCAAAUCCAGGAAGCCGAAGCUUUUUCUAGCAAGAGAUGUCUAGAAUGGUUCUACGAAUACGCAGUAGGGUGCGAUGACGUUGUUGGACCAGAGGGGAUGGAGAAAUUCUGUGAAGACAUUGGAGUGGAGCCAGAGAAUGUAGUGAUGCUGGUAUUGGCCUGGAAGCUUGAUGCCCAGAGUAUGGGUUACUUCACUUUACAGGAGUGGCUCAAGGGAAUGGGCUCAUUGCAAUGUGACUCUACUGAAAAACUCAGGAACUCUCUAGACUACCUGAGGUCUGUCCUCAAUGAUGCCACCAGUUUCAAGCUCAUUUACCGAUAUGCCUUCGACUUUGCCAGGGAGAAGGAUCAGAGGAGUUUAGACUUGAAUACCGCCAAGUGCAUGCUGGGACUUCUGCUUGGGAAGACCUGGCCAUUGUUUCCAGUGUUUAACCAGUUUCUAGAACAAUCUAAGUAUAAGGUUAUAAAUAAAGAUCAAUGGUGCAAUGUUCUAGAAUUCAGUAGGACUAUCAACCUUGAUCUCAGUAACUAUGAUGAGGACGGGGCCUGGCCAGUGCUUUUGGAUGAGUUUGUGGAGUGGUAUAAAGACCGAGAGAUGUCGUAGCGACAGCUUCCCCAUGCCUACCACCAUCACCAACUAGAUAGACCAACUAAUCGCCAACAAUCACCAUGACAAUGACGACAGAAACGGCUUUGAUGCAAACAUCUAGAAAACAAAGUACAAAUCAAAACUGAAGUGUUUGGGACAGACUGAUGGUGGCCCCUGGUGCUGAGGGCUUGAGUGUGUGAGUGUUUGCAUAGAAUGUAAUUAUCAAUGCACAUGUUUGUAUGUCGCCCUUUUAGCCGGGGCCAUAGGAGGGUCACUGGUGGUUGUGUGUAGGAGAAACAGCACCUCACCGACUCCACCUAAUGUCCCCCAUAGCCCACAAUGCAUUGUGGGUAAGCACACGGCCAGUCUUGGUGCCGCCUUCCCACCCCACUGUGAUGUUUCAUAUUGCUGUGAAUGUUUCAGUAGGCUCUUAUAAGGAGGAUGAAUUUGGAUUCUCCACAAGGCAGGAUAGGUAAAAACUCCCAUACUGUCUGAAGUUUAGGUAAUUUAGGCCUGGAAGGAAAGGAAAAAGAAGAACCUGCUUGGCUUUUUACUGAAGGUCAGUGACUUAUUACUAAGGUUCAAAAUGGAAAUCGCUUAAAGUGUCGCUCUACUGAUGGUGGUCCAAACACUGUUUACUACGGUUUUUAUGUUGGAGGAUGCUGACAGUCAGAGCAUGUUACCAUAGAUACACAGCGACCUUUGCCAUAAGUUUUAUUUUUACCAGUCUCACUGCACUUGGAUGCCAUUUAAUAAAGCGCACCACAUGCAAGAGUGUCAUAGACAUUCUGCUGUAAGUACUUCCAGUGGUGUUGUAUCAGUAUACCUUUCACCACUUACAUUCUUGAUAUUGAUUAUGAGAUCAACAAGAACAGCUUUACUGUUCACAACAUGAAGAACAGUGGGUUAUACUUAUGAGCGUAGAGCCAGGAAUCUUUUUCCUGGCUCGCAUGACCAUUGUGUAUUCGCACUGCAAUGGCAAGAUAUGGCCAUCUUGUAGAGGAGUGUAAGCAGGUUAAAGUGACUGUGGAAUGCAUUCUCUAUAUCAUUUGAUUCCUUUGCAAUGUAACUAUACUGUGCAUGUCACGGUUAAAAUGACGACGAGAGAAAGCUGUUAAAGUGCACUUGAUUUCUGUGAUGAAUUGCCACAAAAAUAUAAAAACAGGUAUCCUGCCCUAAACACUGACACUCUUUUGGCCACAUCCUCUUCCACAGAUCUUGUGGUAAAAUGUGAUCACCUUAACCCAUAGUGACCAAUGCCUAGCAGCUAUUUAACAUUCUAGUUAUGUUUGUAAAACUGUUGAGUUUUGUUUAUGGCUGUGGCUUGAAGCUAACUUGUCAUCUGAACAAGAAAAAAAAUGCAUGCAUGCAUUCUGCAAUUAGAGCCGUCUUUGUGAAUGAACGAACGAGGUUU